CGCAAUGCCCUAUGGGUCUUGUAGUUAUACAGUUCACAUGAUCUGCGCGGCUCUCAGGAAGGUUGUUAUACGAAUAUGGCUAUGCGUUACCUUCGGGCGGCUGCAGAGAAUCUGAAUCAUUUAAAGUGUUUAAUAUCGCACUCCACCAGGAUUAACAAGGGAUCCCAGUGCUUGUUCAGUUCGGCUGCACAUCAAAGAAGCGCUGGGGACGAGAACAAUGUGGACGACUCCGAGGAUGAGCCAGGGAAAACUAUAACAGUUCGCAUGCUCGAAAUGAGAGCAAGUAAACUUGAAGAACAAGUUCAAGAUCUCACAGCGAGAUAUAAGAAAGCUUUAGCUGAUUCUGAUACAGUCAGAAGAAGAACUCAAAAAUUUGUGGAGGAUGCAAAGCUCUUUGGUAUCCAGAGUUUCUGCAGAGAUUUAGUAGAGGUUGCAGAUAUGCUGGCGAAGACCACAGAUAGUGUGUCUGAGGAGGAGCUCGGUGAUCAAAACCCAACUCUCAAGAACCUUUAUGACGGACUUUUGCUCAUUCAAGAGCAGUUGCACAGUGUGUUUGGCAAGCAUGGGCUUCAAAAGAUGACACCCAUUGGUGGCAAAUAUGACCCCUAUCAGCAUGAAAUUGUCUGCCACGUAGCAGCCGAUGGUUCAGAGCCUGGCACAGUAACGGUUGUAACCCACGAAGGGUAUCAACUUCAUGGGCGCACAAUUAGGCACGCGCAUGUCGGAGUAGCAGUCGAAUCCCAAGAUUGACAGCAACUCCAUUUCAACUGAGACCUACUUCAGCUUGGCAUUGCCUCUUAUGAUUUCCUGUCUUCUGAGCUAUAUAUAUAUAUAUAUAUAUAUAUAUAUAUAUAUAUUAGCUCAAAGAGCCAGCUGCCCAUACAAACAUUUGUAUUGUACCUUUUGCUUCUUAAUAUCCUGUACAGUCUUUAUAUAUUUCCUGUUUCUUUUUGAAAAUUAUGCUUUUAUAUUUUUUUAUUUGAUACUUAGUUGCUGAUGGUCAUUCACAGAAUGUAGGAUUUGUUACCAAUUUUCAAGGUACCGUAAUUGUUUGAGAUUUUCACCCUCAACAAUUGACUCGUAUCACAAUUGAAAGUUCAAACUUUUCUCGUGCAAAAGUAAGACUUUCAGUAUUAUAAAUUAUCCUUGAAUUGUUUAGUUUAAAUCUUUAUUGUGAUGGUUACUGCACUGAGUGGUUAAGUAGAUCUCCCUUUUCCCAGAUUUUUUUUCCCCAGUAUAUCCACAGAUAGGUGGUUGAUGCAAUCCAGAGUGGUUUCUCCCCAGUGCUAUAAAAUGUGCUUAUAUAAUCAGCUAUGGCUUGCUAUGUCAGUUUUUAGGUUGAUCAAUUCAACCCCCAAGUCAUUGAAUUAAAGGUUAAUUCUAGUUUGGUAUACCAGCAAAUUAUUUAAUUGUGUGACUUUGUAUAUUUACCACCAGUUGUUUGUUACGUUAGCAUUUUUCGAGUGAUUAGUCACAAGUUCUAUCGCCAUAUGAGGUUUUCAAUAUUUGCUUUUGGAAAAGGCAUAUGGAAACAAGUGUCUUGAUUUUAGUAUUGUCAUAAAAGAUAAGAGAUGCGAGGUGUGUUCUACAGUUUGACCCUGAAAGCAGCUAAUAAUGUAUGGGCCUGAGAUUAAAUGAGAUGCAUGGGAUAAUGCAUGUGUACAUGUUGUGUAGAGUACAGCAAGGUAUUUAAGACAAGGAUAUUAAAGAAGGUUAAAUCCAUUUGUUUAUUUGUAUUUUGUAUUUAAUUUGCUUGUAGUACAUCAAGAACAAAGUUGUAUUUAUUGAAACAUUGUAUUUCCUUUGGAUGCUGAUACUUGCCCACGCAAAUGGUUACCAGUGUCGGGUUGUUUAAAAACUGUUCUCUCUUCAACAUGGAGGUUAUCUGUCAUAUCCUGCAUGAAAAACGGCAAGUUGGCUAGUUUGUCUUGUUAAUACAAGAAUGUUUCAGUAAAAGUGUUAAUCUUCCAUUCUGUUUUACUAUUUAAUAAUACUUUUGUGACUGGCACUGUUUGUUAUUGCUUUGGUAAUAUAAACUUUGCAUUACAGUAUUACAUUUGUUUGUGCAGAUUAAAAUACCCCAAGUGAAAUCCCUGUUAGACCCAAUAGUAAUGCCAUUCAGUAGAUUUAUUACUGACUGUGCUACAUAGCUUACAGAUAACUUUGUGCAUAUUUAUUUUGGCCUUGUCUGUAACCCAGCUGAAACUUUCUGUAAAUACGUAUUUGUUACAAUGUUAAGAAAUAAAAAAAGAAAUGUCCACGAAAUGCAAUUGACUUAGCUUUAUGCUUGAAAGACAUUCAGAUUUAGAAUUUGUUAUUAAGCAAGGUAUAAUUACUGUAUAAGGUGUUGAUUUGAGCAACCUGUACCCUGCCAGAAUAAACCACUGCUGGAUUAUGUAGAGUAUGUUAUAACACCGGGGAAUCAUCCAGCGUGGCAUUAACCAUUUACCCGUUAUCCUGGGAUUGCCCUAAAAAGUAAGUGGAUAUGCUAUGAAAAGUCCAAAAGUUUUGCUCUGUUUUAUCAAGUCGGGGUAUAUUGUAGGCUAAUCAAAUCGAUCCCUAAAUCAAGAUGAAAAUAAUUCAGUGUCACCGAACACAUUUUCUCCUAGUUUUGCUUUACAGUCUUUUUUUUUUGUUUAUUUUUUAAAGUUCUAGAUGAUUUGUUACUAAGUGAAAAAUAAUCUCUUUCACAUUUCUACACCAAUGGGAUAUAAAGUAGAAUACAUUCAACUUUCGGUGUAAAUGUACAUGGUUGUUUAUCUUAAAAUGAUUGUUAUCAAAAUAGCACUUAGUGCAAGUAUCCUUUUAAACAGUUUUUUUUU